UUCGGAAUAACUCGGACGCGCGGACUUCUCGUUCGCUGAACGAGUGACGGAUCUAGCAGUCGAGGAGGCUGCGGAAGCUGAAAGCUCUGAAAGGGUGCCGAGUAACCGAUCCUUGGCCGAAAGUGCGCGACAACGCUCGACGAAUAAGUACGAGAAUAUCCGAAGCUAAACUGACGAUGAGCAGAGUUGUAGAGUGACGACGACGACAUGUUUGCGGGGUUCGACCUCUACGAAAUUGACAUCGAGAUUUGAAUACGAUAUUGUUGCUAAUAGAUCAGCGUGAUUAAUAAGCGAUAUUCUGUAUCGUUAGCUGACAAUGAUACAUCAUAAUAUGUAGUGAAACGUGACGUGACAAAUCAUUUGGAAAAUCAGUCAGUGGUGAGCAGAUGACCGCCGUCACGGCGUCGCGUCGGUGCCGUCGACGGUCCCGUUGAAAAUAUGCUUGGCAUAGAAGCGUUAGCGGCAUCAGUGUCGUGGUUGGUACUGGUGCUAGCGUUGGUACUGCUGGUGGUGCUAGUGCUGGUGUUGAGAAUGGUCUAGCGCGGGUGUGCGCGCGCGGGUGCUACCUCGACACAGUGCGAACGGUGGCUUUAGAUUCGAAGCUGCGGAAGAAAGGCCGCGAACUCGGCCCUGCUCCGAUGGCCUGAUAUAUACUACGAGACGCGUAUAUGAAGCUACACUGCCCUGACUCGUCGAUGGGCGUGCGGGGGUGACUGGAGUGAUGGGAUGGGGCUAGAGCCCCAUGGAGUUCGGGUAGACCCGUCUCCAGCCCAACUCCCCAGCCCCCUCCGCCAUCGAUAUCGUCACAGCUCCUGUCAGCGUCGCAGAGGGCCGCCUCGAUCGCGAUGGAGGCCUCUAAUACUCAACAACAGAAGAAGGAGCCACGCGUUCACAGGCCUUACGCCUUCGACAAGAUGGAGGGGCUGGUGCGGGAGAUGCAAGACCCUGAGAACGGGGUACCCGUGCGCAGCCAAAAACAAUUUCUCACCUCAAUUCCCUCAGCUUUCAUGGGUGAGUGCCAUCGAUAUCUACGUUGUGGAGUAAACGUAAGCGGCCAUCACGGCCAGGACACUACAGUAGGCUGCCUGCGUGUUGCAGGUUACGAUCUCAUCGAGUGGCUGAUAGAGCGGCUUUCUAUCGAGGAAUCAGUAGAGGCGGUCCAUAUUGCCAAUCAGCUCUGCCAGUAUGGCUACUUCUUCCCGGUGAAUGACUCCAAGACACUCACCGUAAGGGAUGAUAGUUCUCUGUAUAGAUUUCAGACACCAUGUUAUUGGCCAUGGCAACAUAGAAUCCCCGAUAAUGUGGAAUAUGCUAUUUAUCUGGCUAAAAGAACUCUAAGAAACAAGCAGCGACAUGCCCUUGAAGAUUAUGAAAUUGAAGCUUUGAACAGCCUACGUAGGAAUUUGCAAAACAAAUGGGAUAUUAUACAACUACAAGCCGAAGAACAGGUCCGCUUAGCGAAGGAGCGAAAAAAAGGGGAUAAAAUAGUAAGCGAUUCUCAAGAACGAGCAUUUUGGAGAGUUUACAGGCCACCACCCGGUUGUCUAAGUAGUCUUGAAGUAGCACCCGUACCUACACGGUUUCGUCCUGGACUUUCACGUCCUCCAUCACGUAAACGCACUUUAACCGAUCUGCAACGCGAGGUGGCCCUUUUGAAGAACAGUUUAACGCGUACAAGGAUAAAGGUUUCGGCUGCGAUCGAAAAUUUAAAAUCAUACUUUGAAACGUACGUGGAAUACGAUCCGAUGUUUAUACAGCCACAACCUUCAAACCCAUGGAUCACCGACGAUCAAACAUUUUGGCAGCUAAACAGUCCUGUGGUGGAUCUUCCUACGGAAAAACGCGUCAAGCGCUGGGCAUUAUCAAUGGAAGAGUUAAUGUCUGACCCAACUGGUUUGCAAGAGUUCACAAAUUAUUUGAGGAAAGAAUAUAGCCAUGAAAAUAUACGAUUUUGGUUAGCAGUUAAAGAUUUGAGACAUAGUUUCCAAGCACAAAUAUCCGACAAAGUCAACGAAAUCUUCAAAGAAUUCCUGGCACCCGGAGCACCUUGCGAAAUAAACAUAGAUGGAAAGACAAUGGAAAAAGUGCAUCAAGAAAUGAAAAAUCCAAAUCGAUUUAUAUUUGAUUCCGCCGCUGAACAUGUGUAUACGCUACUUCUGAAAAAGGAUUGCUAUCCUAGAUUUAUUCGUUCGGAUCAAUAUCGAAAUACUUUAGCUGCCGGUGUGCAACCUUUGCAAAAAAAAUGGUUUUUUAGCUUUGGUGGACAAACAAAGAAGAAAAUUUCUUCGACUUCGACUUCGAUUUCGACUUCGACUCCGACUCCAACGACCAGCACUUUGCAGCACCAUGCUGCAGGUAGUGCAGCAAGCGGUAGUAAACGAAGGGGAAGCGAUCGGAGUCUAUCUGGAUCUGCUCACGAGUUAGCCGUCUGUGGUGUUCGAGAUACAACUUCGAUGCCUAGAGUGCCACAUUCUCACAGUCAGUCGAACCUCACCGAUAUUCCAUAUAGGGGAGAUCUGGCUCGACUCGUAAAGAUUUCAACAAGGCCUAUCCCGCAUAGCGUUCAGGAUGCUGGCACAUCGGAAGCGGUAGUUCGCCCUAUGGACGACGUUUGCCCGUGGGACGUGGUUCCAGGACCGAGUAUAGAGCACGCCAUAGAUACCACACUAUCGCACCAUCCAAUAUCAUCUGGAGUAACAUCGUCGGUUGAAAGUCAAGCGGAAGAAGGCAAUAAUUUGAUUGCGCAGUUACAGUCUAUCGAGGUUACACGCGCAUCUCGGAAAAAUUCAUCGCAAUUAGAUUCCUGUAGUUCCUCAUCUGAUGUCAGUUUAGUGGCAGCGGAGGUCUCUGAACAUCUUCGAAAGUCUUGUAGUUUGCAACACAGUAGUAGCACAGCUGGCAUGACGACUACCGAACGAAUCGGCAUAACAACGCGAAAUUAUUCCAUCAGCUCGACUAGCGGAAGAACGAAGCUGUCAGAAAUCAGUCGGCCGUCAGUUUUGUCUUGUAAUUAUCCGUCUCCACAACAUUCGUUCGAGUAUCCUCAUAUGACAACUGACAGAUCGGAUGUGUCUACGACAGGGAAGUGUAUUAUCGAAGAGUCUCAAACUAGUACGACGUUAAAAUCUCUCGAGGAGGAACCGACGACGAAAACUUUAACCAAGGCUCCCUUAAUAAGUAUUAGCGCGAUCGUCGGGGAUCUACCGAGCGACAAUUCUACGGUCGAAGUCGAGGAAAAAACGAAUGGCGAUCAUGCGCCGGUAAUAAAGGAAGAGAUAGAAAUCGAGGAAAGAAGGCAAAAGCUGGAAGCUGACGAAGGUGAUGCAACGGCGGCAGUUAUAGCCGAAGAAAGUUUGGCAAUUUCCGCUCUAGUAAAAACGGAGACGGUAGAGUCGCUGGAAGAGGCGCAGGUUGUUCCUGUUUGGGAGCCGGACACCAAACAGGAUGAUCAAUUAGCACCAGUUACUCAACCAGCUUCUCAACAAAAGCGUGACAAUAACGUUAACGAAGUAUGUCCGUGGGAAGACGAGGAAAAUUGUAGAGUGGAUGCACCCUAUGUGAAAACAUAUGCAACUUUAGGUUAUUUAUAACUCGGUAUGGUACUAAACAUACAUUUUACAUAUAAACAUUCGCAAGUUCAAUUUCCAUUUUACUUCACUUUUGCCAAGUUCGAGUGCCCGAGCUAUUCAAGAUAUCGAGUAUUAUGUUUUUGAAUUUUUCGAUUUAUCAUUUUCAAUUCCGAAAAGAUUGAAAAUUGGAUUAUUUUUCAUCUGUAACAUUUGUCGAGAUAUGGAAUCGUCUUAAUGGGAAAGAACGAAAAUAUUGAAAAUAAGCAAAAGGAAAGAUACUUGUGUGUCUAACGAUAAAACACUUCUAUGGUAGUAAUCUAAUAGAGUAAUCUCAAAUGCGUAAAUAAUGAUAGAGAUUUCAGCACGAUGUGAUGUGUAAAGAAUUCCGUUUUGUCUGGAAUUUCGGUACAAUUUCGAUAUAAUUUCGGAAUAGCAUAACGUAAAAGUAUAUUCAGUAAGAUUCUCAAUUUCAUUUUCUUGUCAAUCUAUGUAAAUUUGAACGAACCAUUUCGUUUUUUGUUUCCGAUUCGAUAAUCAACAUGAAAGUUGUGCGAUCUGUUGACUAAAGAGCUGUGACAGAUAGAAUUACGUCACUUUUUGCUGAAUGUAAUGAAAUAUAAUUAAUACGUACGUGUUAGCCAAUUAAGAAAAUAAACAUAGUGGACGAGAUGACACGAAUUUUUUAAUAAAGGAUAAAGUCUCUAAAGCGAUUUGUUUCGCAAAAGUAUUAAAUGCAAAGAUGCGUUCUAUGGGAGUUCGUCAAUCAUGAGCCCUUUGACCGCUCCCUUAGCUCGCAAACUUCUUUAAUGCUACUUACGGAUAACUUAAUAAACCGUAGAAAGUUCUUUGUUUGAUUUAUUAUAAACGAUUAAUCAUUUUCCAUAAACGAACGUUCCUUACCAAAGAAAAAUUUUACGAUCGCGUACAAUUGAAUUCCAAUAGUGGUGUAUCAUUGUAUUAAAUAAGUAGUACAAUGUGACAAAUUUAUCAUAAAACAUCCAAGUGGUUUAGAUCACAUUGCUUCGCUUAAUAAGAUCACUCGAACGUUGUGACAGUUGGAUGUCAUUUAAUCUAAGUGUUAGUCAUACGUUUAUUCGAUACGUAAUAAGUGUCGAAUCACAAGUAUUUAAUGUAAUUUUAGUCCUCUUACGGCCUUAUAUUACGAUAUAACGGCUGGCUAACGGUUAAAUUUUGAAAAGUACAGGUAAAACGAAGCUAUUCGACUUUGAUCGUAGAUACUUGACGUGUAUUUGUAAAUCGUUACUACUUGCUGUUCGUAAUUAGAUCGAGUUAAAAUUAAAUAGGGAAAACAAGAGCGUAAUAAUAACGAUUCGUUUGUUUGUCACAAAGAAUAUCGAAUCUUGUUCUUGAGAAAGAAGGGUGGAGGGAGAAUGGUUUUCUCGAGAUGUAGUCAUUUAUUAUGUCUACAUAAUAUCAUUUAUAAGUAUAUACUAUGACUGGGUUCUGGGUACUGUUACUGCCCUAGUACCCAGAUCCCACGAAUCAAUUCAAUUAACUUAAACUCAAGUAUAUAAGACAAAUUUAGCAAAACUACAUACUGCACGUGAACUUGAUGACGCAAUUUUCCUUCUUUAACGAACUUAAUCGACUGGUUGUUAAAUACUAUAAUGGAAAUGUUGUAUCGUAAAAUUUAGAAAGAUAAUCUUACAGAGUGCACAUUUGGUAAAACACCCGUACUUUACGUAAUACGUAAUAUAAUUAGUGAAAAUAUUAAUUUGCCUGUAGAUUACGUAACAAAAAGACUCGAUUAACAAUCACGAUACGAGAUAAAGGCAUAAGAAUGCGAGACAUCGCCCUACUAUUUUUAAUAAGUAUUAGCGAAUUCCAUCGGUAAUUCCGUUUUUGAAUCGAAGAGACAUUGAAACUGAAAACACGAAUUAAAAUAGUAAACGAACGAUAGUCAAAUUUUAUUAUUUCUUAAUAUAUGAAUUAAUUUCAGCUACUAAAACAAACAAACAAACACACACACACACACACACUAUUGCAUAUACUACAUGUGUGUAUAUAUAUAUAUAAAGUUUCAAUUUAUUUGCUACAUGUUUGAAACGAAUGUUUUUUUUAUCGAUGAAUAGAUAUUUGUUAUAUCUAUCGUAUAUGUGGAAAGUACAUACUCCAUGAAUAUAUGGAGUAAGAUUUAAGGUAGCGACGAGCAUUCGUUUAGAAACGAUAGUAAUAAAUUUCGAACGAAAGUUCGGGCACUCGAGAUUAGUUUUAAGAAAUGUAACAACGUAUUCAUGACGAUCGUACUGUUAAUUCAAGAGCUCAAUUUAACUACCGUAAAGGUCCUUAUGAAAACUACAUAGUUGAUUAGUUAGAUAAAAACAACAUGUUACAGUCCGUGUGGAAAUGAAUAUAUUAUACGAAUCAUAAUGAAUACGGUAUAGGUAUUGAGAUUAUUCUGUUAGUCGCGGAAUUUGCAAAGAUAGGUUUAACGUAUGACUGACAAUGGAUCUUAUUUACGAACUCCAAUGACUCGUAAAUAGAGACGAUUCCGAUUUGACUUACACAUAAGUAAGUAUAUACCAUCUUGUAAAAGAAUUUCGUUCGGCGAAGCAUGCAACAAUUAUUAUAACAGAUAAGCUUCGAAACGAACCAAAAGCUAUUUUUGUUCUCUUUUUGCAGAGACAUUUUAUACACAUAAUACAUAAUGCAUUAUCGUUCCGUCGUUAGAAUUUUAAUCACAGAUCAUAGAUAGUUCUACUCGCUAUCGUUUAACUAACUCACUCGUCGUCGUCAUUGUAUAAGGGGCAAUCGAAAGGAUCGUUGUGCGUCCUGAAUCUCUAAGCGCCAUCUGAUUUCACGUUUUCUUUUCUACGUAUGUUAACAACGUAUGUUUUUGUAUUGAUUGGUCAAAUGAAAAAUUUAAUCGAGAAAUAAAAAUGUCACGGUAACGAA